AUGUGGACUCGCCGACAUGAGGCCAAGCUACGGCUAUUGAAGGCCAAGUUUUUGUUGCAGCAACAGUUGAAGGUCGACCGGACGGCGAAGAAUCGGCGCAUGCUGGAGAUUCUUUGCGAAGGACUGAGGUGCUGUACUGAAGCUGAAGGCGAGCGUCAUGAGCUGGCUGCCGAGUUUCGGAAGUAUUUCGGAGUCAAGUUGAAGGCCUGUUUGGUGAAAAUGCACGCUACAACCGUCAUGGCAAAAUACUCCAAAGACAAUAGCGGUGCCAACAUCUUUGCAGAGAACUUGAAAUACCUGCGAGCAACACUGCCGAACUAUGUCGACAAGAACUUUCUGUUGUGGCUGGUGGAAGUGACCUGCCAUACCGCUAUCACGUCUUUUCAACCUGAUAGCACAGCUGAGAUGCACCAAUUGGUUGCAUUUGGACAAGAAUUCUUCGACAAGGUGGCCCUCGAGCACCCAGUUUCACGAGAAUUUCGGAUGCACCACCUAAUCAUCACUGGGUUCUACUACUUACGGAUCGGAAAGGUGACGAAAGUGGCGCCGUUGUUGGAUCAAAUCCAAGUCUUAGGUCGUGGCACUCGAUGUGGUGACCAACCACUGACCGGUGCUGUGGAGGAGGCGUACCUGACUACAAUUCUGGAUUCAAUGCGGGUGGCCGUACUGGCAUAUUCGGAUCCAAAACAGGCUGUUGAUCUUGCCACGAAAACCACGCUCGCAGCUCAAGCCAACUUGAAAAAAUACGACAAGUACCGGGCAGUACGACUCAUGCUCAUAGCGACGCUGUUCGAUACGCUUUAUGUGUACUGUCGGCAACUAGGCGUGCAGUGUCGAUACGCAGACAUGGGAGCUGCCAUCGUGCAGAUGACUACUCUAUUUGCCAAGUAUAAGUCGGACUUGGAGCGUACCAUCUUCUAUCGCUAUUUCCUCGCGAGGUGCCACACGCUGAUCGCAAAGUACAACCUUGCACUAGCCAAGUGGAUGUGGGCAACAGAGAGACUGCCAGAUGACGUCCAAGACAGCAACGCUGCUCGCUCUUUGCCCUACAAUCAGCAUGGUGAACUGGAAGAACUGCGUCCGAAGGCACUCACGCUUCUUCACGAGGCUCUCCUGCACAUGAACACAAGCGUGAUAUGUUGCGAGACCACGUCCGAGAUCAUGGCGCUGUUUGGACCGCAGCUAGUGGCCUUCGGCAAGAUGGAGGAAGGAGAGACGAUGCUAAUGAACGCCAUCGGGACAAGUCUCCAGAGCAAGAAUGUUCUGCUGCAGGCUCGACUUCUCGCCGAUGUGUUCCAGCUCUACGCUACCAAGGGGCUGGUAGCAGCGCAGGCGACUGCAGCUUCCAAGUACGAGAAGAAGGUGGCUCUGCUUCAGCGACGAAUUGCGGCGGCACAGGCUGAAAAGACCACGACUGCAGCGCUGUUGCGAUGGACUGCUGUUGCGAAGGCAUCGAAGCCAUCGAGCGGAUAA